UGUAUCAAACCUCCGCGGAGCCUGCACCUCCACGGAAUUACAGCCACAAAUUGUGAAUUAAAAAAAAUAAAUCCCAUCGUCAAUUCCCGCCUUCCAUUUUCGAAUAUCGAACUUUUUUCUUUUUAUAUACAAGUGUUGAUCGAUUCAGUCUAGUGUAGUAUUUUUUAAUUUAAGAUUUUAAUAAAUCUGAUAAGUUUUUAUUGGUUUUAGAGUAAGAUGUGCGUUUUAUGAGUGUAACAGUUAGCGGCGGCAAACGUUUUGGCCGUGUCGUGUAUUACGUAACGGUUCCGGGGAAAAUCGAUAUCCUGGGCGUAUAAAUAGCGGCGUACGGUUGAAACAGCUGGCCGGCCGCCAGCAUCAUGGAGCCUACGAGGAUGAGAAGGCCUCGUCGACAUCGAUGGCUAACGGUGUCCGUAUUCUUCAUAGCAUACUCCGUGUUCCAAGCUAUCUACAGCCCAUCAAACGCUUCGGAGCCUAUCGACAAGCCAGCUGAAGAUAUACCCAUAGGACCACCCACCAAUAAACCUGAAGUUACUCCGAAACUUGGAACUACUAUUGAUGAGAGCCCACUAUCCUCGGCCCCCAAUACACCACCAUCGGAGAAGAAGACAGAAGAUGAAGAAGGUCCCCCGGCAGGCGGCAAGAAGGGCAUGAAGGGGCUCGAAGAAGAUGACGACCCAGACAAGAAGGACCAAAAGGAUGCCGGUUAUGUUGAGGACAAAGAAACGGAAGAAAUGCGCGAGGAAGAGAGAUCAAACUGGAAAUCGAACCCCACGGUCAAACCUUUGCGAGUCAAUUGUUCACCACCGGCGAUUGAACAGUUCCCAAAACCACUGAUGGGCCAGUCAGCCCGCAAGCACGGAGGUUUAAUCAUCCACAUCUUGGUAGCUGUGUUCACGUUCAUCGGACUGGCCAUCGUAUGUGACGAGUACUUCGUCUCAAGUCUUGACAGAAUCUGUGAAGAAUUGAAGUUGGCCCCGGACGUGGCGGGUGCUACGUUCAUGGCGGCCGGCAGCUCGGCUCCCGAACUCGCCACCGUCGUCAUCGGCGUCUUCUGUGCUCAGGACGAUAUCGGAGUAUCGGGUGUAAUCGGGUCAGCAGUGUUCAACAUAAUGUUCGUGAUAUCGGUGUGUGCGCUGUGUGCUGGGACAGUGUCACACCUCAACUGGUGGCCACUCUGCAGAGAUUGCUUCUUCUACGCCAUCUCCAUACUCGUCAUGCUCUGUACUAUUGCCAACUCCAUCGUCUCUUGGCCAGAAGCACUAUUCAUGUUGAUAAUGUAUGGUGUAUACUGUGUCGCGUUGCGAUUCAACACUGCACUCGAACGCUGGGCGAUGACGCUCCCACUACCAUUCAAGCUACCCACCAGAGAAGAACAGGCUGCUUUAGUCACCUACAGGAGUGCUGGUGGUCAGCCCCCAGCCCCGGCCGCGGCAGGAGACACUACGUACGCACAGAUGGACGGACAGACCAAGGAGACUCCUCUUCAGGAAUCUCCAGCCUACAAUCCAGGCGGUGCGUAUGACAAUGCAGCUUAUAACGCGGAGCCCACCCCCGCGUGGGACCCCAACCAGGCCUGGGACCCCAACCGAGCUUGGGACGAUACGAUGCAAACACCAAUCUACAACGCGUACCAGCCCGCGCAACAGACACAGCAACAGCCGCAGGAGCAACAACUUGCAACCACGCAACCGCAACAACCGGACGGACAACUACCGACGCAACAGCCAGCAGCCCCCGCCUACUACAAGGCCAAGGAGUACAACCCUGAGACCGCCGUGGAUCCUCUCGUCAAACCAAUCGGAGCCAACCACUUCCAGCUAGCGUGGUGGUACCUAGUGUUCCCGAUCCACUGGUCGUGUCGCCAUACGAUGCCGGACUGCCGCGGACGAUGGUACCCCGUCACCUUCAUCAUCAGCAUGCUGUGGAUCUCCUUCUACUCCUACUUCAUGGUGUGGAUGAUCACUAUUAUUGGCUACACGUUGGGAAUUCCUGACACGGUGAUGGGCUUGACGUUCGUAGCGGCCGGCGUGUCGGUGCCCGACGCACUCUCCUCGCUCGCCGUCAUCAAAGAGGGUUACGGUGACAUGGCGGUGUCAAACGCGGUCGGGUCCAACGUGUUCGACAUCUUGGUGUGUCUCGGGCUGCCGUGGUUCAUACAGACUGCCAUCAUACACCCUGGCUCACACGUCAACGUUUACCAUAAAGGUCUCAUUUACUCGACCCUCUCUCUAUUCUCCACUGUGAUCUUCUUGGUAGUGGCGACCCACGCAAACGGCUGGAAAUUAGAUCGCAAGUACGGCGCUGUACUGAUGGUAUGGUACAUCCUCUUCAUAACUCUAGCCAGUCUCUACGAACUGAACGUCUUCGGAUACUACACGCACCCAGAUUGCGUUUCAACCUAUUAAUUUUUCAACCGGCGCCAUGUUUAAUUUUUUGACGUUUGUUUUUAUUAUGUUGGCAUGAUUGGAAGUUCUGUCAAAACCAACAAUAUGUAAUCUCGCGGAAUUUGAAUUUGGAAUCGAAUUGAAUGUAAGAAUAUGAUGGAUAUGACUUGAAAGUAAACCAAAGGAUUAAUAGUAAUUAUGAAUGAAUUUCGUAAAACAAACACUAUUUAUUUGUAACUUAAAUCAAUUACCGGCCUAUGUUCAGUAGUUAUUAUGAUUUAUUUUAUUUACGUAAUAUGUAUUACCAAAACUAGUUAAGUUUUGUAAAAACGCUAUUGUCUUAUGAUUAAUGAAAAGCAUCGAUGUUAGUUUCAGUGUAUCUUUUAUAAUGUAAAAAAAAUAUAUUUAGCGUGUGCGGACUUUAGCGGUCCGAGGUUGAAUAAUAUUUCUAAACACUUUUACAAUAGAAUUGCUAGUGUUUAUUUAUGAAUAAAGUUAAGCGAAUAUUUUUAUUUAACACACGCUUUUGACAGGUAGGCAAUAUAAGAAAUAAUAUUUGUCAGUAUUUCUGUAUUACUACAAAUACAAUUAAAUGAGGAGACAAGCAAAUAGAAGAUGAAACUAGUUAAAUAAUAUUGUCGUAAAUAGCUUUGUGGAGCACUAGAGUUGCUUACGCACAAAUAGCUAUUUUCUAUCUACUCGUGAGAAUCUCAGUACCUAUCUUUACUUAUGUGAAUGUGGAACAACAAGAAUAUUGUACGCUGUUCGAUGAUUUUAUGGUUGGCGUGUAAAUAUUGCACUUUUAACAUGAUUGUUAUCCAUGAAAGACAUUAGUUAUGGUGUUUAGUGGUAACCACGAAAAUUGGGCUGUUCUACCUACAGAAUGUUUUGUCUUCAUUCUAUCUAUAUCUAUUAUGGACUUAUUGGGUGUUUAUGAAUAAGACGAUUCAUACUGAAAAUGAUAUAAAAGUACCUAAGUGUAAAAUGUCUUCAGCCUACUCAGUAAAGACAUUUAUGUAUAUAUUGUUACUGUUAACCUGUUUCUGUGGCGUGUUGUCUACGUAUAUGUGACUUGAAGCAUAAUGAAUAAUUCGCUUUAACGUAUAUCUAAAUAUCUUAUGAAUAUUUGCAUAGUUUUAGUAAACUGACAUUUUGAAAACUUAUCUAGUCGCGAUUAUCGUAAUGUGUACUAUAAA